AAAGGUUUUUUUCUUUUUAUUUUAUUUACUAAUAAAACCUGUCAGUACUGUACGUUUUGGCAUGGGCUGUAGCCUACUGUCUUUUCUUUACAGCUUGAACUAAGUGUGCAUUUAUCAGCAGUGUAUGGAUUUUUUUUAUCUUCUUUUCGAGAUUUUAAAAUGUUAACUUGACUCGAUAAAGCGAUAUAUUGUGUCGUGUCAUUAUUAUUAUUGAGUUUUUUUUUCUGUUGAGUGGCAUUAACGGGCUUCCGUACUCGUUCGCACCUGAAAGCUGGUUGAACGUGAUUGGCGGAGGCGCGCCCCGCACCUGUGCCCGCUGCUGCUGAUGCUUGUGCUGUUUGUGAGCCGGACUCAGCGUAAUAGUGUAAAGAAGCACGAGGCUAAGACGAAGUGACAAUUGAUGUGACAGCUCCAUCUUAAACGCGCGAUUUUAUUACCAAGACUGGGAUAACACUCAUCAACACUGGAUCGGAGUUGGAGAUGGAGGGAGUGCUGCCUGUAAUGACCGCUUCCCGUCCCCCCUGUUCAUCGCACCUCGAAGACCCCUCUUCACCUUCACCUCUGGACGCUCUGGAAGAUUUAGGUCUCCAGGCGUCUUCAGCUGUGCCUUCACCUACAUGCACUCCUGCACCACCUCCUCCUCCUCCUCCACCGCCUCCCCCCUUCCUUCCUCCGCCUCCCCCUCCUCUGACCACCUGUCCUUUUAGCUCUCGCAAUGUCCAGCGAAGAUCCAUGAAAAAGCUGAACUGGGACGCCAUCCCGAGCCAGCACGUCCUGGGCAAACUGAACGUCUGGACGUCCAAACGGACUCAGAGGGACCUGGUGCUGGACAUCCGCAGCAUGGAGGAGUUGUUCAGCCACGUCGACAAAAGGGCAUCGCUGAGCAGCUCGAAGGUCGUGGGCAGGAAGCCGGAUGGCGUGAUCCCAUUUUCACAGGAGCCUCAGGUCACAGUUCUCGACUCCAAAAAGAGCAUGAACAUUGGGAUCUUCCUGAGACACUUCAAAAGGCCAGUCAGAGAAAUGGUCCAGGACAUCCAUCAGGGCAACUGGCUCAAGUUUGGAGCAGGGAAGCUUAAAGAGCUUUGUAAACUGCUCCCGGACCGAAGUGAGGUGAAGCAGCUGCUGUCGUUCAGUGGGAACCUCUCCAUGUUGCCUGAGGCCGACCAGUUCAUGGUGCAGCUGGUCAAAGUUCCAGGCUACGAAGAGCGCCUGAAAAUGAUGGUGCUGAGAGAGGAAUUCUUUCCCCUCAUGGAGGAGGUGAAGAACUCUGUUACUGUCAUGACCAAAGCAGCCAACGAGCUGUUGGACUGUGAUGACCUCCACUCAGUCAUCCGCCUGGUAUUGAAAGCUGGGAAUUACAUGAACGCUGGCGGUUUCACUGCCAACGCCAUUGGCUUCAGGAUGACCUCGCUACUGAAGCUGGCUGACACCAAAGCCAACAAACCUGGUAUGAACCUCAUGCACUACGUGGCCAAGCAAGCAGAGGACAUCGAUGCCGAGUUGCUGACUUUUCCCAGCCAGCUUGAACACAUCGGGAUGGCGUCAAGAAUCUGUAGAGAAGAGAUCAUCUCAGACUUCGAGAGGGAGAUCAAGAAGAUCAAGGAGGUGAAGAUAUACAGCAGCAGACACCCUGGCCUCCUGCAACAGCUGGAGACGUUCCUCCUGAGAGCCGACGCCAAGCUGGCCGACGUGGAGUCCUCCCUCCAGGAGCUGAAUGCUCUGAGCGACGCCGUCGCCGAGUACUUCUGUGAGGACCCGGCCACGUUCAAGCUGGAAGAGUGCUGCUCCAUCUUUCACUCGUUCUGCAGGCGGUUCGACACGGCAGUUCUGGAGAACAGAGAGCGAGAGGCGGCGGAGCUGAGGCGCAAGCGCAAGGAGAGCAUUCGCAUCGCAGCCAAGCGUCGCUCCACAGCCUCCGUUUCUGGGCACGAGUGCGAGCAGGACUCCUCCACUCUGGAGUCUGCCCUGCAUAGUUUCCUGUCCACCGUCACCGAAGGACCACCCCGAUCCCGGAGGGGCACUCUGGCCCCGAUCCAAGGAUCCCCCAAUACUCAGAAUGAGUCGUUGGAAGAAGCCAAGGCCUCUCCCUGUACUGGACCUCUGAGCCCCGAGGAGCAGCCCCGGCGGCAGAAGGAGGAUGAGCCAGUGUCCGGGCAGGAAGCGGAAGCUGCAAAGAUGCGCGAGAUCACGCGGAAGGUGCUUCGCUACCAGAACAGCAGGAGUAAACUGGACAGGGACGCGGUUUCGGUGACUCCGAACCGGCCCGACCGGCCGCGGGCCGCCGCAGCCACUCCGAGCACCCCUCGGCCCAGGAGCAGAGACUUCUUCUUUGCCAACAACGGAGACCUGGGCUCCCCGUGGACUAUUCUGAGCCCCCUGACCUGCUCCCAAAGGAACGCUUUGCAGCAAAACAGGAAAGGACAGCCCAAAAGACUGUUGCCGGCCUCUAGCAGAGAGAACCUGGAGGACGGAGUUUGGAAGAGUGACGACGCCGGUGAUCCUCCACACGCCGCCGACCGGGACACGCAAAGCUCCUCAACAGGAUCCCUCCCCGAGUGUCCCAGUCACAGAGCUGCGUCGCACGGUCCAGUCCUCCGCUCCGUUUCCAUGGAUGAGACGAGGCAAAGUUCACCCUCGAGCUUCCGGCUGGGGGAUUUGUUCCAGAGAAGCAUUUCUCAAAGGUCCUACUCCUCCGGCUCCAGGACAGAAAGUUUGGACGGAGCAGCCAACGGCUCAGGGUUCAUGUCCUUCUUCAAACGCAUCGGAGGCAGAAGUAAAUCCGGAGACGUGGAUGAACUAAACUUUAAAGGAACUAAUAGUUGAUUAAAACAUUUUAUUUAUGAAUAGAGAUGAGUUUUAAUUUUUAUGUUUUUAAUUGUUAAUGUUUGUCUUUUUUUAAUGUUUAGUCUGGUUUUACCCAUCAGUGGCAUCAAGGCAAAUGAGGACUUGCUUUGAACUGUGAAAGCGUUGAUUUUUGAGAGUCAAACCACGUUCAAAAAUCCUGAGAGCUGUGUUUCUUUUUUGGCUUUUUGUGCGUAAUAAAGUGACGUUCAACCUUUUUUUUAAAA